AAUUGAUGUGUAACUGAGUAUAGUGAAGUCUCUGUUACAUUACACAAAAAGGAUACGUACGUUACUGACGCCAGAGCAGGAAAUGAACAGAGCAUUAUUCCAUUUUCUGAAAACUUCGUUAGCUUUGGGUCUAGGACUGGCUACAAUCUUUCUAAUCCUCAACUGGAGUAGAUCGGAUGAUGCUGUCAUUCAAACAAAAUCUAUCGGAUAUCAACAAACAUCUCCAUCGGCCACGUAUGUUCCCACAACUAGCCCCAAAAUAAAGAGAAAACCGACAAAAUGCGGUGAAACAGAUAGCGAUUUCAACCUCUCUGGAAUCGAGACCGUCAAACCGUUGAUAGACCGAGUAUCACCAAAAUUCAGAAGCAAGGACCUGUCCUGCCAAGAAAAGAAUUUUCCAAAACCAUACGCUCAAUUGACAGCAGAGGAAAAUCAACGAAAACAGGAGUGUAUAAAAAAUUGGAAUAAAGACUACAAUGCUGGAUUUGGGUCGUUUUGGACGGGAACCACGCAGUAUAUACGUCACACCCACCACACAUAUUUAAACGCAGAUAGCACCAUAUUCGAUAUCGGUGGAAACAAGGGUGAAGACGCAGAUGCCAUGAUAAAAAGAUACCGUCCUAACAAUUACCUUAUAUUGGAGCCAAUUAAGACGCUGUAUUCCAAUCUUGUUAAGAAGUUUAAAAAUGACAGUAAAGUGGAAUUGUAUAACUUUGGCCUCGCUAGGAAAAAUGACAAAUUCUAUGUCAAUGUCUGGGGCAAUGGUGGAGACGCGACUUCUGUUUUUGCGGGAAAUGAUGAUGGCGGAAGUUGUUUACUGCGUGUUGUAAACACAACACGCUUUCUUCUGCAGGCUGGUGUUCCGUGUUACGAAAUCGAUCUAAUUACAGUGAAUUGCGAAGGGUGUGAGUUUGAAAUAAUGGAGGAACUUAUAGGUAGCGGCAUGAUGAAUCAAUUUCGACACGUGCAAUUUGCCACUCAUCCUACUUUGAAACACCUUCUAAAGCCCGCAGAAAGAUACUGCGAAAUCCAGGAAAAACUAAAACGAACCCAUACGAUGUCCUACCAGUACAAAUGGUGCUGGGAAAGUUGGAAGAGGAAAGAUCUAGUAUAAAACAAUAACUUGCAGCGGUGUGCAUUUUUCCCCCAUAAUUAGCGUUGUUCAUUUUACUUCAAACCAUUGCAUAUUAUCAGUACAACAGAUGUAGUGAUAACAUUUAAAGUUAUAUAGGUACAUAUUCUCUAAUUUCAAUGUUAGAGUCCUUUAAAGGGACUAGUUCACGCUCUUUUGAUUUUUGUUUUCAUUUUUGAUGUUAUACAUUCAAAAUAUAACUCAUUUAAUGUUAACAGCCAAAAUGUUAACCUUCUGAAUGCAAGAAAAAAGCAAUAUUUUAGUCUUAAAUCUGUGUUAUGUAAACAAAGACUCGAGUCUUGUUUACAAACAAACCAAUGAAAUAUAGCUUUUGUAAUAUAAAUCAUCUUAAAUUUGCAUAGUCACAAAUUUUAACUUUUAUAUAGCAUAUUUUACCCAAAGAAUGUUUGAAAUGUGAAAUAUAUAAUAAACUUAGAUUGAUAUCUAUUUCUUUUGAAAAUGUUGUAAACAAUAAAAUACCGCAGUACCUGUUUACACAACAGUCAACUCCCCAAACUGAACCACUGUGAUACGGUACCUGUAUAACCUGAAUUUCUUGUGAAAUCCUUUUAGCACAUUUGGCAGUAGAUUUUCAUCAGUAAAAGUGAAAAACAAAAUUCUUGGGGAAAUCGUGAAUCAGUCCCUUUAGCAAAGAUAAAAUAUACGGUAUUCUAUGAAUGAAAGGUGAAGGUAAUGAACAGUAAUCAAUCUUAUAACUUCUAUAAGCUAUACAAGUUAGAUAGUUGGGCAAACACGGGUCCCUGGACACACCAGAGGUGGGAUCAGGUGCCUAAGAGGAGUAAGCAUCCCCUGUCGACCGGUCACACUCGCCGUUAGCCCUAUAUCCUGAUCAGGUAAACAAAGUUAUCCGUAGUCAAAAUCAGUGUGUCAAGAACGAUCUAACAAUCGGUAUGAAACACGUCAGUCAGCAUUUGACCCAAUGAAUACAAUGAAGCAAACGCUCUAUUGGUUAUACAUCCAAAAUCUACGGUUGUGUAGAUAUAAAAGGAAUCA